UCCUUGCUGCAGGGAGGAGCAUUGAGCAUCCGUCUCACUGUAUUCAAGAAAACGGAUAUAUACAGUACUUUUUUUAAAUUAAUUUUUUUACUUUUCAUUGCUUAUGUUCAAAACCUUUUAUAUCAACUAUUAUAUGCACAAGGGGUUUCAACGCGGAACCUUCUAGCUAUCAUCUGUCUCAAGAAGGGCGCGGGUUUUUCAGUUGUAUAGGGAAGUCGUCUCAUUUUAUUUCCUGCGCCAAAAAAAUGCAAUGACAUGGUCAGUACAAUAAAACCUCGAUGAGAGGAGCGUGAGCCGGUGGGAAGUGUGCUGCAUAACUGCCUGAGAUAAUGCUGUUGACACGCGCAGCCUGGAGCUGCUGCUGAGGGAGGAACAGACAGUCCUGUACAGUCAGGGAGCUACUCGCAGAGAGGGACCAUGUCCCACCACCACCACCACAGGAACCCCAGCCAGGGCAGCCACCGCACAAUGAGCGCCGAGGAGAGGAGCUCCACUCCCAUCCGCCACCACAAGACACCUACACACAAGAGCGCCUCGUCAUCCUCCUCAUCCCAGCGUGACGGCCGGCAGGAGGCAGACAGCUGGGAAAUCAUUGAGGGGCUGAAAAUCGGUCAGAGCAACGUCCAGAGGCCAGAUAAACACGAGGGCUUCAUGCUGAAGAAGCGAAAAUGGCCACUGAAAGGCUGGCACAAGCGUUUUUUUGUCCUGGACAAUGGGAUGCUGAAGUACUCCAAGUCACCAAUUGAUAUUCAGAAAGGCAAGCUGCAUGGCUGCAUUGAUGUGGGUCUCUCUGUCAUGUCCAUCAAGAAGAGAGCCCGCCGCAUUGAGUUGGACACAGAGGAGCAUCUCUACCACCUCAAGAUUAAGUCCCCAGACAUCUUUGACUCCUGGGUGGUCAAGCUGCGCCACCACCGUCUCUACCGGCAGAAUGAGAUCGUCCGCUCCCCCCGAGACGCCACCAUGAGGACGUUUCCUCCCCCUGCCAGCACCGAGUCCCCCAUCCCUCACCCCCACCCAGCCCCCUCCCCCGCUGCAGGACAACAUGAAGUAAAGUCCCCCGCAGCCCCCAGUAGCAGCACCAGUCUUCCACCAUGGCAGUCCCCCGCAGCCCCCAGUACCAGGAGCAGCUUGCCUGCCUCCUACAGUAACGGGCAGAGCAAGGUGGCCGCAUGGCUCCAGGAGUCAGAGGAGAUGGACAAGUGUACAGAGGAGCUCGCCCGCUGCCAGUCCAGCCUGAUUGAGCUGAGCAAGUUACUGCAGAGCCUGGAGGGCCUACAGAGGACCCAGUCAGCGCCCAAUUUCACUGACAUGCAGGUCCCCUCUCUCCCUGUGAGUGCCAGUAUGUCGCCCACGCGCCUCCACUCCUCCAACCCCAACCUGUGCGCUGAGCAGGUGGACUUCCAGACCCCUGUCUCUCGCCAGAUUCCUGACAACAUGGAGUGUGGCGGUGACUACAUCAAACUACAGGAGGACUUCUGCCUCAUCGCUCAGAAAGUCCACUCCAUGUUGAAGUCUGCGUUCAACACAGUGGCCAUGGAGAAGGAGAAGAUCAAAUCUGUUCUCUCAGACCAGGAGCAGUCAGAGCGGCCUGCCCAGGUCAUCACCCUCAGGAAGUCUCUGUCACAGGCCCUGUCCCAAAACGCUGAGCUUAAAACCCGACUGGGCCGCAUCCACUCUGAGUCGGUCCUGUCUGAACAAACAAUCAGUGUGAACCUUAUCACCAGUCCUGAUGAGGGGGGUGAGCAGAGGGGAAUCCCUCUGACUCAACAGACGUCCAAUGAGAGCAGGCUGUCGAUGUCAGAGUCUGUGUCGGAGUUCUUCGACGCCCAGGAAGUGCUGCUGUCGGCCAGCUCGUCAGAGAACGAGGCCUCAGACGAUGAAUCAUACGUCAGCGAUGUGAGUGAUAACAUUUCAGAAGACAAUGCCAGCGUGACUGAUAACGUCUCCAGACAAAUGCCGAACGGAGACCUGGCUGGAAGUGCCUUUCGUAACGGGCGUCGCCCGUGUCUCCCCGCCCCCUCGCCAGACUGCAGCAACAUCAACCUGUGGAACAUCCUGAGGAACAACAUAGGGAAGGACCUGUCCAAGGUGUCCAUGCCCGUGGAGCUCAACGAGCCCCUCAACACCCUGCAGCACAUGUGUGAAGAGCUGGAGUACACUGAGCUACUAGACAGGGCUGCCGAUACGGAGGACCCUUAUGAACGCAUGGCCAUUAUGGCAGCGUUCGUCAUCUCAGGAUACUCCUCCACGUACUACAGAGCGGGAAGCAAGCCAUUCAACCCUUUACUGGGAGAGACGUAUGAAUGUAUCCGUGAGGACAAGGGCAUGUGUUUUAUCGCUGAGCAGGUGAGCCACCAUCCACCCAUAUCAGCUUGUCACGCUGAUUCCAACAAGUUCACCUUCUUGCAAGACGUCAGAUGGAAAAACAAAUUCUGGGGGAAAUCAAUGGAAAUCCUCCCAAUUGGCACCGUUAAUGUUAUCCUUCCAAGCUUUGGGGACCACUAUGAAUGGAACAAGGUCACCACCUGCGUGCACAACAUCCUAAGUGGCAGAAGGUGGAUCGAACACUACGGAGAGAUCACCGUUAGAAACACCAAAAGCAGCGCCUGUAUCUGCAAACUUACCUUCGUCAAGGGAAAUUACUGGAGUUCUAAUGUGAAUGAGGUUCAAGGGUUUGUGAUGGACCAAGAGGGGAAGGUGGUGCGUCGGCUGUUCGGAAAAUGGCACGAGGGCCUUUACUGUGGAGUCCCGCCCUCUGCCAGAUGCAUCUGGAGGCCAGGCUCCAUGCCCACAGACUACGAGCUGUAUUAUGGCUUUACCAGGUUUGCCAUUGAGCUCAAUGAGCUUUGCCCUGAGAUGCAAGACCUGCUACCACCUACAGAUGCUCGCUUCAGACCCGAUCAGAGACACCUGGAGGAGGGGAAUGUGGAAAUGGCAGCCUCAGAAAAACAGCGCAUUGAGGACAUGCAGCGCACCAGGAGGAAGUGGCAAGACGAGAACGACAUUAAGCAUGAACCACGCUUCUUCAAGAAAGUGGUUGAUGCCAAUCAAAGGGAGCGCUGGGUCACUAACAACACCUACUGGGAGCUUCGCAAAUCCCCUGGCUUCAUCAACAUGGAAAACCCUAAUCUAUGGUAGCAUAUGGAUCGCUAUGCACACCAUAUCAUCAUCGCUGACAAAGGCUUUUAUCUAUGCACAAUGAGGUUUUCAAAUGAAUAUCUCAUUGACAAAAUGACAGUGUGGAAGGAUACAAGAGCUGAGAUGAGUUGAUGACUUACCAUCGCCCUAUUCAGCCGGCCAGUCACCCAUUCAAGCAUCCUCUUGGAUCCCCCUCAUUGAGCUUGGUGCGGAGGCUGGGUUGUCAGGGCAACAAUCUUACCAUGUAGAUCUAUCCUAAGUCGUUUUGUGUUUGUCCUUGCCUUAAUGUCAUCUAUCCACAUCACACAUUUUAAAGCUUUUAGUGAAACCCACUUGAGUUCUGAAAGCGGUUUGAUUUAGACUAGUGUUUGUUCUGAAAGCGGUUUGAUUUAGACUAGUGUUUGUUCUGAAAGCGGUUUGAUUUAGACUAGUGUUUGUUCUGAAAGCGGUUUGAUUUAGACUAGUGAUGUGAAUGAAAGCGGUUUGAUUUAGACUAGUGUUUGUUCUGAAAGCGGUUUGAUUUAGACUAGUGAUGUGAAUGAAAGCGGUUUGAUUUAGACUAGUGUUUGUUCUGAAAGCUGUUUGAUUUAGACUAGUGUUUGUUCUGAAAGCGGUUUGAUUUAGACUAGUGUUUGUUCUGAAAGCGGUUUGAUUUAGACUAGUGUUUGUUCUGAAAGCGGUUUGAUUUAGACUAGUGUUUGUUCUGAAAGCGGUUUGAUUUAGACUAGUGUUUGUUCUGAAAGCGGUUUGAUUUAGACUAGUGUUUGGAUUAGGCCUUUGACCAACUACUAAUGUAUGUGUCAUGCAUGUUUAGAGUCCAGCUUUCAUUGGCAUAUCCUAUAUAGACAUAACAUUAUUUGUUUUAAAAACAAAAAUAAAAUAAAGAAGUCUUGACGUUUUUGUAAAAUAUCUUCAACAACAUAGAAUUGAGUGAAAAUGUAACUAAUAUACAAUAUUGGAAGAUUGCUCUUAUUUCUUUUUUUAAUUAGCCAUUUGCAUUAGUUCAGUCUGAAUCAUAGCUGUAUUCUCUAUUGGGUCACACAUUCUUUGUGAACGUUAAAGAGAUUCUCCGGUAGUUUUGUAUAGUUUUUAGCCAGUAGUUCUGAAAGUAGCACUCACGAGCCAAAAAAGUGGAAAAUUGCAUACUACAUCAUGUAUGUGCAGAUUUGUGCACCACAUCAUUGCUCUGUCUCUCUCUCUCUGCUGUGUGGGCAUGAUGUGCCUCUUGUUAGCUGUCACUCAAAUGGUUGAAGCUCAUUGGUUGAACUCAAAUUUCUAGGGGGCUGGACCACAUGGGGGGAAAUGGUGCAACUCAGCUUCCAGAAAAACAGUUACUUUCAAACUAGGGAUUUUGUGUCUAAUUGAUGUAAAACCAUAAUUCUGCUCAUAGAUUAAGCAUGUAUGAACUAUACAUUAGCCCCGUUUAUACCUGCCACUUACAUGCGUCCUUCGUCCUGAUCUUGCCAGUAUACAAUUGUACGAUCUGAUCAAACUCGGUUCACAACGUGUCUUUUUUAUUGAUCUACACCUGUCUAAAAAUGUGGCACAAUCAGAAUGAGGACAAGAACAGGACAAAGGGCGCAUGUUAUUAACAGGUAUAAACGUGGCUAUUGACACAUCUAGCCCAAAGCGAGAGGUUUAAAAAAUAUAUUUUUAAAAACGUAUUAGUCGCCAAAGUUCCGGAACAUGUCUUUAAUUUGUUUUAAUCACUGGUAUUGGUGAAGGACAUUGCUGUAUGCCGAGACGUUUUCUCAGCCACUCCCAAAGACAAAACCCCUUGAGUUGAGAUGUUUAGUUCCAGUUUGGCUAGUUGAGGGAGACUGGCCCAACAGCUGAUACAUAAGCACUGGAAAGUGACUUCCUUUUUCGAGCACACCCCCCUCGUCACUCAUCACAACUGUUUAAGCUACAGACAAUACUUCCUUGUAAUUAACUUUUACAUGUAUAGACAAUUCUGCUUUCUGUUAUUCAGCUCACACGAAAACUAUUUUUGAUAGUUUAAGAAAGAAAAAAAAGGUAUGAAUAUAAUUUGAAUGUUCUUUAAUUUCCUGUAAUACAAUUGAUCUGUGUUGUUGUCUGAGUGUUAUAGUGAGAAUCCUAGCCUGCAGUAGAACUAUAAAGACAUGCCAGCACCCAAGACAUCUGAUAUGGGGAUAUGAAGACAUACCUACUGGCCGUGUGCCCAUCCCUUCUAAAGAAUCUAUUUAAACCGGGGUCACUUGUCUGGAUACAUAGUUACACCGACUCAUCUUUGAUACAGGUCUAUGUAUAAUGUGGUAGCUGGUUGGCUCGUUAGUGUAUUUCCCUUUCACGUUAUUUUUCCAACUAAGCCCCUCAGUGAAAUGACAAGUGUAGUGAAAGUGGAGUAGUAGUCCUGCUGUCCUGUAGCAGUAUAGAGGUCAACGUGUCCUCUACUGGGAACCACGUGACCUCUACUGGGAACCACAUAACCUCUACUGGGAUCCACAUGAUCAUUGGAGUGUCACAACUACACCAGACUGACUAGCUACCCCAAUUUAUUGAACUACACCAGACUGACUGACUAGAUACCCCCACUUAUACAACUACACAACACUGACUACCCCCACUUAUACAACUACAGUACACCAGACUGACUGACUAGAUACCCCCACUUAUACAACUACAGUACACCAGACUGACUGACUCGAUACCCCCACUUAUACAACUACAGUACACCAGACUGACUGACUCGAUACCCCCACUUAUACAACUACAGUACACCAGACUGACUGACUCGAUACCCCCACAUACAAGUGUAUUGUAAAACACAAGGGAUGCCUAUUUGCCAGUUCUUUGACAAUACAUAACAGAUUCCCAUAUACAUUAUUAAUUUGUGUUAUGUAAAAGAGGCCAAGGGCCAAAAUUAUUUUACAAUGUUCAGAAUUAUUUUGCUUUUGCAAAUCCUUUAACGUGGCAGAAUGUUGAUGUUAAAGCCAAAGACGAGUGUUUUUUAAUUAUAGAAAAAAUAUAAACUCAUUCUAGUUAUGGUGUUUUCAUUAUGUAGUUAUCACACAGAGAAAAAGCUAUUAUAUUUGAUUAUCCUUUAAACAAGUGUCCAGUUCCUAGAAUUUACUGCUAUGAUGUUGUCCUUAACCAUUCACCAAUACAAUUUUAAAAGGUUUAGAUUAUUACUGCCAAACAGCUUUAAUGUAUAUUUGACGUCCCCCUUCCCUCUUGUCAUUGUGUGUAGCAGUCCAUACACAAUGGUUCAGUGUGUUAGAUUACCACAGAAUCUGUAACGAUACAUUGUACAUUUGGAUUAUAUUGAUUUGUUCUUUGUUUUGUUCUAGUGAAGCCGGAAAUUGAAACGAGGAAAGUGAUCCUACGUUAGAAACAUAUAGAAUGGAAACAUUCAACUAUAAAGUCUUAACUAUUAUUUUUGUGUGUAAUGUUCAGUACUGAAGAGUAAGACAGAAAAACGAUAGAUAUGACUACAACAUCAUAUUGCAGCCAUGUAUUCAGAAAUCGAAUUUGUUUGUCAGCUGUCAAUUCCACUUGAUGUGCCUUAAUACAUUUUAUUAAUGCCUCGCACACAAUGUUGAUAAGAAACCACAUACAAGUCAGAUAAGGAAACCAUUUCAAAUCCAAUCAACCACUUUCCCCACUUGAGUAUUGUUCCCCAAAUUGUAUUAUGUACUGAAUAAUGUUGGGGAAUAGAAGUGCUCGGAAUGUGUCUGAAAUCUUGGUACGAUGUAGGUGGGGGGACAAUGACAUUUCCCAUAAAUCUAGAUAUUCUAAUUUUCUGUGCAGUCAACUCCACUCAUUUGUGAUCACUGUUAUUGUCAGUAUCAUACUGUCAGCCCAGUACUCUACUGCACUGUAAACAUGUAAACAGCAGAAUAUUCCUGUCUCCUCUUUUGGAUUGGACUGAUGUAAAGACUUUACUAUCAACAUAAUACUUAGUUCAUCAGGAUAUUUGAGGAGGAUCAUGUAGUCUGUGAUGUUCUAGAUGAAUACAUUGUUUUCAGAGAGAGAGAGAGAGGCCUUGUAGAAAAUAACUAAGACUUGUUUCAUCAGAGUAGAACGAUGAAACUUCCUGAGUAGUUAAUGGGUUACAAUGUUUAUGUAUCUGCAUGUUUAAGUGACAUAGCCUGCCAAUGAAUGUUGCAAAUGCCUUAUGAAAGAUUUUUAUUUCCUCUCUUUUUCUUUUGAGUUUCGAACUGACAUGUAAACAUUACACACUGUGUCAGCGGAGUUCUUUAAGUCCAUUUUCUAAUGGGUACCUUCUAAAGUGCAAUUGUCUUAAGUACAUAUCUUUCCAUGACCACUGUACACUGCUGCUAUCAUAGUGCUUGUUCUAAUACAAAAUAAAUACAACCGAGGAGUCUGCCACACA